AUGGUUUCAAUCAAGCUAGCUGAUCUACCUAUCCGCAAAGUGGGUGACAUGCGAGUGUUUGAAACCAGCAGCAAUCCAUCGUCUUCUACAAAAGCUGCAUCAGACCCGACAUCCGCCCUUGCUCGAACUGGCUCUGGAGAAAACACUGCUCGAAGCAUUUCUCCUAUGACAUCUGGGACUUCCAAACACCAUAAGAAAUCGUUGAAAAGCAGUCCAGAUGAUGUGAUAAUUUCGUUGUUAGGGGAUGGAGGACAAGGUCGCCAGAGGCUUUUAGAAAUGCGAGCACAAAGCGUCGCCAGAGCCGUCCGUGACAAAGCAUCAGACUCACGCCCAUGCGCUCCAACUGCCCACCCAUUUUAUUUCACAGUCAUUAUACAGUUGAUGCGUCGUUUUCCUUUCUGUCCGCAUCUCCUUUCCCGCGCAUGCUCGCUGUCACAAGCAAAACAAAAGGCCUCUUACUUAGCGCUUCCUUCUCAGAGGAUUUCUCAUUUUCUAUUGGGAUCUCAAGAGACCCAGCCCACGAAAACAUUUAAAGAUCCUGAUACAGCCAAGGAAGCUGAUGGAGGUAAUUUGAGUUUCUUAACUUCCUCGGGUGAUUCAUCAUUUCAAUCUGUAGGUGGCGGACAUAAAAGCGGUUCAAAAAAGGUGAGAUCAAAGGAGAAGGGAUCGAAAGAACCGGCAGGGUCGAAAGAACCCAGAGCGCUCGAGAAGAGCCGGCAGUUAGCGACUUUGGAUCCACUGAAACGACAGCAACAAAUGGCUCGCGCCGACGGUCACGACGGUCACGAAAAAAUCAGCCAGAUUAUGUUCCGGACCUAUCGAAGACCCAAAAGACUGAUAUCGAAGAGCUAA